GGCAAGUCCCUAAAACAGCGGCUUCGUGUAUUCCCACAUAUUCCUCUCUCGUUAGAACGUUCAGAAAUGGGUGGCCCUUUAACUCUUGAUGCAGAGGUUGAGGUUAAGUCUCCUGCAGACAAGUUUUGGGUGAGCAUGAGAGACUCCACCAAACUGUUCCCAAAGAUCUUCCCGGACCAGUACAAGAAUAUUGAAGUCCUUGAGGGAGAUGGGAAGGCUCCUGGCUCAGUUCGCCUCUUCACGUAUGGUGAAGGUUCUCCACUUGUUAAAGUAUCAAAGGAGAAGAUUGAUGGUGUGGACGAAGCAGACAAGGUCGUGACCUACAGCGUUAUAGACGGUGAUCUCCUGAAGUACUACAAGAAUUUCAAUGGCAGCAUCAAGGUAAUUCCUAAAGGAGACGGAAGCUUGGUGAAAUGGUCGUGUGGGUUUGAGAAGGCAAGCGAUGAAAUUCCUGAUCCCCACGUAAUCAAGGACUUCGCAAUCCAGAAUUUCAAAGAGCUUGAUGAGUUCAUCCUCAAGGCAUAGAUGCCGCCAAUCGUCUAUCCGGAUUUGCACUAAAUAUCAAUAAAAUAAUGCGGAGCUGGACUCCGCACUUCUAUAUGCAUCUAGUAUGAGAGUCCCCUGCUGUCUCUGUUUGUAUUCACUUGAAGGGUUUUCUAUUAAGCUCUCUUUACUGCCUC